AUGGUAGACUUUUCAGAUAUCAAGCGGCGAAACAACAUGCCAUUGCAGACAAAUCUGACUGUGGUCACAGAGUUUCUCCUCUUAGGAUUUCAAGGCAGCCAACUUUUGAGAAAUUUUCUAUUUUUUCUGUUCCUUGUUGUUUUCAUUGCCACAAUAUGUGGGAACCUCCUGAUUAUCAUCCUGGUGUCCACCACCAAGAACCUCCACACCCCAAUGUACUUCUUCAUCUCACAACUGUCCAUCAGUGACAUCUUAUUAUCCACAAAUAUUGUCCCCAACCUGCUCCACAUCCUACUGAAUAAUGGAGGAACCGUCAGUUUUAUUGGUUGUAUGACUCAGUUUUAUUUUUUUGAUUGCACUGAAGGACUAGAGUGUUUUCUUCUCGCUGUGAUGUCUUAUGACAGAUAUGUGGCCAUCUGUAAUCCCCUCCAUUACCCCUCUGUCAUGACGAAUAGAUUUUGUGUUACAUCAAUCAUUAUUAGUUGGUUGAUGGGUAAUGUUUUUUCAUUCAUUUUUACGAUAACAUCAUCAAAACUAAACUUUUGUGGGUCAAAUAUCAUCGACCAUUUAUUCUGUGACCUUGUCCCCUUACUAGCCCUGUCCUGUUCUGACACCUUCUCUGUUUACUUGGAGAUUUUUGUUUUGGGACCUCCAUCUGUAAUGGUCCCAACCUCAAUCAUUGUAGUGUCAUAUGUUUACAUUGUGAUAUCAGUCUUAAGGAUCCCAUCCAGUACUGGUAGACAGAAAGCCUUCUCCACCUGUAGCUCCCACAUCAUUGUGGUCUCCAUUUUUUACUGGACUAUAUUUAGUGUUUAUGUUUUCCCUAAGAGAGAACAAACUUGGGUCAGUAGUAAAAUCCUCUCUCUGCUGUAUACUGUAUUUACUCCAUUUAUUAACCCCAUUAUAUACAGUCUGAGGAAUAAAGACAUUAAGAAAGCCAUACAGCAAACAUUACAUAAACACAUAUCCUGUAAUAAACAUUAA